AUGGAUGAACCCCAGGAGGAGCCCGAAGAAAGAAGGCGAGCCUUUACUUGCACAUACUGCCGGCUUAAAAAGAUCAAAUGCGGUCGAACUCAUCCAUGUGGGAAUUGUAUAGAUCACGGGAAAGAAUGUGUCUUCCCAUUUGUGAAACGAAGGGUCGGAUCGAAGCGCGAAAAGCCUAGGAAAGACUUAGAAGAACGACUUGCACGAAUGGAGUCUCUCCUUGAGCUUUCCAACAGAGAAAGCCUUCCAAGCAGUGAACAAAAUGCAAUAAGUUUCGUCCAUAGAGAGCAGCAGUCUCAAUUUUCAAAUCCUGCAGAAGCCACCAGAUCGGGAAACUCUGGUGCUAUGCCGCAUGACCCCGUGAGAAAUACGGAUCAGAAUUACGAUAUGGGACUUGAACCACCAGAGAGUAUUCCAACUCUCCGCUCUCUUACGACACAAGAGAUAACGCAACAGUCUGCACCGUCCUCCUCCUUGGCACCGUCACAGAUUCUCAGUUACCAUACAUCACCUCAAACGGUUCAGAAUCUCUCGCCUCAUGUCGAACAUGUCGAAUGUGCCGAUCUUUUAGGUUCUGAGGUUGGAUGGGAAUAUCAUGGGCCCACAUCAUUUUUGUCAAUCUGCUCGAUCCCAGGAAUUACGUGGGUCUCAGAAACUUCGGGAGAGCCGAGUUUCUUCGAGACCGCUAAGGCCCUUGUGCUCAAUAUUGACUCGCGACUAAAGAUGCGACGCAAUCCUCGCCAUGAAACCAUUGCUGAGCCUGAUAAGAAUGUCGCAUGGGAAUGGUGCCAAGCCUAUUUUGAUUAUUCUUUCGACGCCAGCCUUGGUCUGGUGUCUAAAGAGCACUUUGAAGCACGUCUUCGCCAUCACUUCGCUCAAAAUGAUGUAGCUGAUGAUGACCCAGCUUGGUAUGCUCUGCGAAACACAGUGUAUGCUUCUGGUUACAGGCUCAGCUCAUCUAAUAUGCCAUACUCAGAUAUGUCUGGCGAAAUUCAGGGGCAAGCUUGGCGAUACUUUGAAAAGGCCUUGGAUGUCCAUACUGAGCUUUUAUAUGGAAGCACGGGUCUUAUGGCAGUGCAAGCAUUGAUAGCAAUGGGAUUCUUUGCUGAAGGCCUUGCUAGCCCUUCUCUUGGGUACAUGCUUGUUUCCUGUGCAACGCGGUUAGCUCAGGCGAAAGGUCUCCACAGGCAACCUGCACAAUCUUGGAAUCUACCACUAGCUAAACAACAGCAUCGAGUUAGACUGUUUUGGACCCUCUAUAUCCUCGAGAAGCAUAUAAGCUACAGAUCAGGCCGACCAUCGAUCAUUGACGACGACGACAUUAGUUGCCCCUUUCCAAACAUCCAGCUUGCUAACAAUACCCCGCACAUUGAUCCUUUCAUUUACAUGGUACAGCAUGCUCAAAUCUCUUCUCGAAUCGCAAAGCAACUGGCAAGUGGAAAGGCAUUCCGUCAAACACACUCGAAAACUCUGGAAGUGAUUCAAGAACUCAACAAAGAGCUCCAAGAAUGGCGGGACACUCUGCCACAAUUCUUACAGCCAGAUUCACCCACUACAAGACAUGGAAAACGCCCAGAAUACAUCAAUAUGUACCAUGUCAUGUAUCUUCGCUAUGCUUACUAUGGCAGUAUCAUGGCAAUUCAUUCAAUUCUCACGCACCCCUGGAACAGCUCUCUGUUUGGUUCUGGUCAGUCUUCGGCACUGCGAAAUCGCAUUUCGAUAAGUUCACAUGCUGUUGUCAAUGCAGCCAGGGGAAUAAUACUGGAUACCGACGCAAUUCAUGUCGAUGCAUCGACACCUAUAUGGCUGGCAUUCUAUUUUCCUCUCGUGAGCGCUAUCAAUAUAUUUAUCUAUAUUCUGAAAUGCCCUGCUCUCCCAACAGCAUCGUCUGAUGUGGCCCUGCUAGACAUCUGCACUGGUCACUUCAGCCGCUUGGAGUUAGCAUCUCCAGACACUGCUUUGCCUUUCGUCCGGGAAAUUGCGCGAUUGGCCCGUUCAACUAUCGAAUCUGUCAAGAACUCAGCAGCAUCUCCAGGCUCUUUAUUAGGGACAGACGUCUUGGCGCCUUCGGUUGCGCAGUCCUCGGUUCCACAUGAUUUAGGGAACAACUAUUCACCUGGUGAAAAUAUGUUGGAAUUAUUUUCGGAUAAUUGGGGUACAAUCUUUCCAUCUCUCAAUGACGAAAAUCUCGCUGCCUUCACGUUCGACUAA